AUGAUAGAUGAAACUACUGAACAAGUUAAGAAAACCAGAGAUAGGAUGCUCGCUGCUCAGAGCCAUCAGAAGAGUUACGCCGAUCAGAUGCGAAAGUCCUUAGAGUUUGAGGAAGGAGACCAUGCUUUCCUUAAGGUUACUCCAACAAUAGGAGUAGAUAAAACGAUCAAGAUGAAGAAGCUGAAUCCUCGAUACAUCGGUCUGUUUCAGAUUCUUGAGAGGGUUGGACCGAUGGCUUAUCGGAUGGCUCUACCGCCUCACCUUUCGAACCUGCAAGAUGUAUUUCAGAUGUCGCAGCUUCAGAAGUAUACUCCUGAUGCUAGCCAUGUGUUAGAACCUGAAUCGGUCCAGUUAAAAGAAGACUUGACUCUACUGGUGACUCCAGUCAGAAUUGAUGAUACGAACAUUAAACGGUUGCGCGGAAAAGAGGUUUUAUUAGUCAAAGUGGCAUGGAGUCGGGCCGGUAUUGAGGAGCAUACUUGGGAACAUGAGUCAGAAAUACGAACGGACUACCCACACCUAUUUUCAGGUAACUGA